UGUUAGUUUUUAGUUUUCAAGUAACGUCUUAAGUCGUUAAAUUAAACCAAUAGAAACAUUGCGCGGUUCUUGUAUUAGUUGCGUGGGCGGUUGCGAUUCAUUUUCAUUAUCAUCAAAGCCGAGAAAGAUAUUUUCUGAUGCUUCGGUUAAAAUCGUUUCGGUUUUUUCAGUGAGCCAGUAAAGGGCAAUCUGUUCAACAGUCCAGUGAGCGUAACAACACUUUUUCAACCCUGAAGAGUUAACUUGUUGUUUUUUUUUUUUUUUGUUAAUUAAAAUUUUAAACAAAUUAUUUGUAAAUAAAAUAAUAGUUUUUGAUAUUGUAGUUGUGAAUAAAAGUGUAACAAUAUUUAUCAAUGUGACCAAUCAUAAACAAGUGAAAAAUAUUGUUAUCAAUUUAAAGGAUUUGUUAGAUAAAAAAGUUGAUUUCUUUUUUUUUCGUUUUUUAAAUGGACGCAAUUGCAUUGGAGAGUAAUGGAACUCUUGAAGAUCAACAAUCUCAGAGUCAAAACAACCAACAAUCUCAACACUUACAACAACAGCAACAACAGCAACAGUACGGUGAAGUUAAUCAAUUAGGUGGUGUGUUUGUAAAUGGCCGGCCACUGCCAAAUGCCGUUCGUCUUAGAAUUGUCGAGCUGGCCCAAUUGGGAAUAAGGCCCUGUGAUAUAUCACGUCAGCUUCGUGUAAGCCACGGUUGUGUUAGUAAAAUUCUAGCAAGAUUUCAUGAGACAGGUAGCAUAUUACCAGGUGCAAUUGGUGGCAGUAAGCCUCGUGUAACAACACCAAAAGUUGUGCAAUAUAUAAAACAAUUAAAACUCAAAGAUCCAGGUAUAUUUGCAUGGGAAAUACGAGAUAGAUUAUUGUCAGAUGGUGUUUGUGACAAGUACAAUGUACCAUCGGUAUCAAGUAUAUCAAGAAUAUUGAGAAAUAAAGUUGGUGCCGCUGCUGCAGCAGCUGCGGUUGCAGCAAUGCAUCAUCAUCCACAUCAUCAUCAUCACCAUCAUCAUCUUUAUGCUGCUGCUGCGGCUGGUGCUGCAGCAUUGUGUUCUGUGCCAUAUCCAUCAGUUCCAUAUCAUCCUCCACCUCCACCAGCAAUGACACAUCAUCACCAUCAUCAUCAUUCAGUUGGAUUAACAGGAUCAACAGGCAACAAGACAUCACCAUCACCACCAACACCAACAUCAGUUGGUCAUCAAAAUAGCAUUGGUCUUCAUUGGCCAAGUCCUCAUACAGUUCAUGAUAUUUUAGCUAAUAGUCUAGGAACAUUACCAACAUCAUCAGCAUCACAUUGUCAAAUUAAUGGUAAUCAUCGUUGUGGUAAUGACAAUCAAAUCAACAACAAUCAAACUCACAACAAUAAUAAUAAUAGUAAUAAUAAUAACAACAAUAAUAGUAAUAACAAUAAUAAUAAUAAUGAAGAAGAGACGACAAAUGGAUAUCAUUCGAUUCAUCCACAUCAUCAUCAUCACCAUCCCCAAUAUUAUCCAUCAACAAUUUAUCCUGUUAUCGUACAGACUCAUGCAAGUCAACCAGCAAGUCCAUGUAACUAGUUAAAAUAUUUUAUUAAUUAAUUAAGUUUUAUUAAGUGUAAAUAUUAAACUCAGGUAUUUUUUUUCUCUAUUUUAUUUGAUUAUAAUAGAGAAAUUUAGCUGAUACUGUUUCCAAAGAUGCUCUAAAAUAUUGCAUAAUAAUAUUGCAUUAGAAUUUACGAUAAAUUAAAUAAAGGGAGUACAUCUAUCAUUAAUUGUUUUUAUUAAUUUUUCUAUAAUAUUUUUAUAAUUUAUAUUGAUGAUUUGUUGUUGACAUAAAUGUUUAUUAGAUGAAUUUUUUUGUUUUAUUUUUAUUAUGGGUUCAUGAUGUAUUUCUAUUGAAGAAAUAAUUAAUUAUCAAUUUUUUCUUAUCCUUGUCACUUGGUGAAAAAAAAUUAUUAUUAUUUAUUUGCUUUUGUCCGAUCAAUCUUUAAUUGAAAGCGCUUUUUUUUUUUUAUUAAACUUAGCUCAAUGUUGUUCAUAAAAAUGAGUAAAUCGGAGAAGGUUGAACGGAGUAAGUUGGAGAAAUCAUUUUUACUAGCGAAAGAAAAAAAUUAAAAAUUAAAUUAAGCAAUUUUAAAGACAGCAAUAAAUAAU